UUCUUUUUUUUUUUAAAGGCCUGAAUGAGGUGAUAUCGUCAUGCUGACAGCUGAGAAGCAGGUCAGUCAGGUUCUUGGGUGCUCUAUUACACAAGCAAGAUACGACCAGCCCCACCUAAUUUUGUUUCUCUGGCACCCUCCUGCUCAGUGGGACAUCAGCACACCUAACCCAGCUGCUUUCUCUAAUGCAAGGCAGACUCCUUCCAGCCAGAACAGCUGUGAUACUUCAGUUCUUGUCUGUAAACACCGCCUAGACCUGAAGAUUCUCAUUAUUAACACCAAUACCAAAGAAGAUUACAAUGUUGACUUCAGCCAAAAUUCUGUUGAUUUCAAUUUUGUUUAGUUUACUACUAUUUGGAAGCCAUGGAGAAGGUCAAGAAAUAAACACAACACAAAACACUGCAGAAGACUUAAAAACAAGGGAAAAUCAAUCUAUUCCUUUGGAAAGUGAAGCAAAUUCAACCUCAGAUAAAGAAAAUAGAGAAACCUCCCAUCCCAAGGCAAGUAAUUUCUCUUUUGGGGAUCCAUCAAAUAAAACCCAUGGAACAGAUUUCUACCAUAAUUUGUCAACAGACUCUUCCAGUCUGAAACUCAUGCCCACACUUUCCCCAAGCCCUCCCUUGAGCCACAGCUUUGUUUCUAAAUUGCCUUGGAACUCAUCCGUAGCAGAUGAAAAUCCUCUGCCAGUCUCAGCACCUCCCAAUACUACAGCUAUUGUAUCUUCCGAAAACUUCACUCGGUCUUCGGUCAGUGAUACCAUGAAAGCUCCUGACAACAGUUCCAUUACAGUUAGCAACCUCCCUUCAGGAUCAAACACCAUAUCUGUGACCCCCAUGAUAAUGGAAACAGAUGGAUGGCCUACCAUGACUGGAGAUAGCUUGGCGGGGUUUACUGCCUAUCAAGAAACAACUUUAUAUCCCACCUUGAAAUUCACCAAUAAUUCAAAAAUCUUUCCAAAUACAUCAGACCCCCAAGAAGAGAACAGAAAUACAGGAGUAGUAUUUGGGGCCAUUUUAGGUGCUAUUCUGGGUGCUUCAUUGCUUAGUCUUGUUGGCUACUUGCUGUGUGGAAAAAGGAAAACAGACUCAUUUUCCCAUCGGCGACUUUAUGACGACAGAAAUGAACCAGUUCUGCGAUUAGAUAAUGCACCGGAACCUUAUGAUGUGAGUUUUGGAAAUUCUAGUUAUUAUAACCCCGCUGCGAAUGAUUCGUCUACACCAGCAGGCCGAGAAAAUGCACGGGAUGGCAUUCCUAUGGAUGACAUACCUCCACUGCGUACCUCAGUAUAAAACUAAGGGGAAAAAGGCUUCAGAUGGCAAAUGUUCACUAUAUCCUGGCCUUUCAAAUCCAUCAUCCAAAAGCUGAAGCAAGAUCACUCUCGUGUGGCCUGUGCCAAAGAGAACUGUAAAAGCAUGAGACGAGUAGCAGAAACAUAGAGGAUAAAUCAUCCAAAAGGUUUCCUUUCUUCCAUUUCUCGCUGUGCUGAAUCAUCUAUUGAGUAACCUUAACUUGUAUUUUGGUCUGUUUUUUUCUUAGCAGGAAAUGUUUGUGGAAUUAGGUAAAACUGAAAGAUUUCACCAUGAUUGCCCUGCCCGAUAAUUUAAUUAAAAAAUCCUUCAAUGAAAAUAGGGACCCCAAAUUACAUUUUUACUUUUUUGUGGUGGGGGGGGGUGGUGAAUUGACUGUUCACUGCUCCCUGUGUAGUCAUAAUACCAUAUAUCAAGAUUGGCAUUUUCCUGAAGGAAAAUUGGAAGGGUGAUUUUAUUUUUUUUUAAUUUUGACUUAAAGCUAGAAAGAGAGUAUGGCACAGAUUCUGUUCCUGGGAAAUUAAAGUAACAGGAGUGAGAGGCUUGAAUUCUAGUACAUUUUACUUUUCUGUAUCAGCAGGUACAUAGUCAGCCCCUUGAGUUGCCAAGUUGACAGUGACUUUGCAUUCAACAGACUACGGUACGAAAGCUGACCCUAACCAGGAAAGUAAUCACUUCUCUUCAAAGCAUCGGGAAUUCCAAUCUGUGGUUUACUUUAGGCCUCAAUUAAUUGGGUUCUUUAAAAACUCAGUGAGAAACUUAGUGAAAAAAGUCAGCCAAUACAUAUACCUAUACAUAACUUUUACAGUUUUAAGAUGUUAGAUAGGAACAGGAUUUAUUUUGUAUUAGACAUUAUUGCUCAAUCAUAUAUGGAAUAGAUUCUGCAUCUCUAAGUGCAUAAAAUAUAAGGUUAAAAAUAUAUAUAAUGGAAGACUUAAGCAAACAAAACAUUUUCUGAGUGUCACUUUCACAAGUGAAAAUACAAGAAGCUUAAUUUGGAUUCUAGUAUAUUUCAGUUUGUUUUCAAUUACUGCCCUUUUUGGCAGGAAAAAUAUACUCCACAGUAUAGGAAGGUUGAGGCUUUAGGGAUUAUAAGAUUAAAUCAAGAGUUAAAUUCCCAAAGAAGCCAUGGAUGUGUGAAGAGGGCAUACGAAACAAGAGAUUUUACUGUUGAAUUGAUACAUAGUAUGUGUGUUUGUGUGUGUGUGUGUGUAUGGUGGGUAUGAAUAAACAAAGCAACAGCCUCAGAAAACGAGGGCCAAGAAGUAAGUAAUGGAAGAACAUACUUACCCCAUAUUGCCAUAAAAAUAGCAAAGAAGACUGUCCCUCCAUUAUCAAACAGAUAUGUUACCUUAGUGGAAAACAAACAAAAGUAUUAGUCACACUUUUGGUUAUAAUAAUCCAGUGAUUACUGUUUGCAUUUAGGUACUAUUGAUUUUCUUUCCCAAUGGAAUCACAUUAUUUUAUAGUUUGCAAAUAUAAGAUAGGCAAUCCUUUCAUGGGUCCUGCAACUUUUUCAUGUGAUUUUCUCAUGGGGAGAGGUGAGGAAUCAGCAUUUCCCCCCUUCUCUUCUCUUUUCCCCUUUGACUCUACCUUCAUUUCUGCUUAGAAGUGGUUCUCGUACCCUGAGGAAGUACUUGUGGGCCACAAAUAGAAGCUACACAGAGAGUUUAAGAAGUUAGCUUUCCAGUGAAGGCACGCUUAGCUGCACUUCCUGUUAGCAAAACUUCCAGGAUUGGGAGAGUUGCAAAAUGCAGAAUUCCAUUAGUGAUCCAGCACUUCCAAGGGAAAGGUAUCACAGUGCUAUCCCUACUCUCUGAUGUCUUUCAGAAUGUGCCAUGGGUCAUCAAGAAAUUUCAUAAAUCACUGGACAUUUAGGAUAUAGUCCAAGUGUUUUUUAAUCAGACAUGACCUGAAGUUUUAUAAAGAACAAUGUACAGUUAUACAACAUUAUUGAAUAUACUUUUCAGGGUUGUAAGAAUUGUUUGAUUUUAAUAAAGUAUAAACUCAAUUUA